AUGGACGUCUCCCUCACUCAAGCAGUGCUGGCAGGCGGUGCAUCAUUGGUACUCUGGACGCUCGUCCGCCGUCUUACGGCUCCUAAGAGCGACCUGGACAACAUUCCCGGCCCACCUUCGCCUUCGUUCCUCAUAGGAAACACCGCGCAAGUGAGAAGCAGAGUGGGCUGGGAUUUCCAUCGCGAACUGGCAGAAAAGUACGGGACGGUCGCUCAGUUAAAGGGUUUGUUCGGGAAAAAGACCUUGUAUGUCCAUGACCCAAAAGCAAUUUAUCACAUUGCUGUGAAGGACCUCGACAUCUGGGAAGAAGCAAACUACUUCACGAGGACCACAUAUCGGAACUUCGGCCCUGGCUUGUUCUCAACACACGGCGAGCACCACCGCAAGCAGCGUAAGAUCCUCAAUCCAGCCUUCUCCGUCACCCACCUGCGCGAGAUGCUGCCUAUCUUCUACGACGUUCUCCGCCAGGCGAUCGAGAUGCGCAUGGAAGACGGCGAGGCGGAAGUGAACAUGGUCGGCUGGAUGGGCCGCACCGCGCUCGAGCUCGUCGGCCAGGCCGGGCUCGGGUACUCCUUCGACCCGCUCAUCGAGGACAGCACCGACCCGUUCGCCGAGGCGCUGAAGGGCCUCAUGCCGUGCCUCUCCGAGCUCAUCCCUUGGCCGCUCUUCUUCCCGCUCGCGGAGAAGCUUGUGCCUGAGAGCUGGCUGCGCCCGAUCGCGGACAUGUUGCCGUGGCCGGCGCUGCACCGGCUCUGCCACUACACGGACGUGAUGCACGAGAAGUCGCUCGAGAUCAUCGCGAACAAGCGGCGCGCGAUCGGCGCGGGCGACGACGCGCUCAAGCGGGAGGUCGGCGAGGGCAAGGACAUCAUCAGCCUCCUGUUGAAGGCGAACAUGGCGUCCGCGGAGGAAGACAGGUUGCCGGACGCGGAGCUCGUCGCGCAGGUCUCGGUGCUGAGCUUCGCGGCGAUGGACACGACCUCGAACGCGCUCUCGCGCACGCUCUGGUGCCUCGCGCUCCACCCGGACUGGCAGGACAAGGUCCGCGCGGAGCUCCUGCAGGCCAAGGCGCAGGCGGGCGGCGCCGACCUCGACUUCGACACGCUCACCGCCCUCCCGCUCCUCGACGCCGUGUGCCGCGAGACGCUGCGUCUCUACGUCCCCGCCCCGUUCCGGUUCCGCGAGGCGCGCGAGGCGACGGUGCUCCCGCUGCACACGCCCGUGCGCGGCCGCGACGGGCGCACGAUGUACGAGCUCGUCGUCCCCAAGGACACGCCCGCGUUCGUGAGCAUCGAGGCGGCGAACACGAGCCCCGCGCUCUGGGGCCCCGACGCGCACGCGUGGCGGCCCGCGCGCUGGCUCGCGCCGCUCCCCGCGAGCGUCGCGGACGCGAAGAUCCCGGGGCUGUACAGCAACCUGAUGACGUUCUGGGCGGGGGGCCGGGGGUGCAUAGGCUUCAAGUUCUCCCAGGUCGAGAUGAAGGUCGUGCUCGCGGUGCUGCUCUCCACCUUCGUCUUCGAGCUCUCCGACACGCCCGUCCAUUGGAACCUUGCCGCAAUCGUCUACCCGUCGACCGAGCUUGGCGGUGUCAAGCCCGAGAUGCCGAUGAAGGUCCGGUUAUUGAAGCACUAG